GCGCAUGCGUAUGCGGGCUAGAGAACUUUGGAUGAUGGAGGAAAGUUCUCGGAGUCGUAAUCAAGAGAAAGUAAAGCACACUGGAGGAUGUCACUGUGGGGCAGUCAGGUUUGAAGUCUGGGCUCCAGCCACUCUGGAUGUGAUCGAGUGCAACUGCAGUAUAUGCUACAUGAAACGUAAUGCUCACUUCAUAGUUCCAGAAAAAGAUUUCAAGCUUUUGAAGGGAGCCGACUCUCUGACCUGCUAUAUGUACAACACCCACCAAGCCAAGCACACCUUUUGUCGUGUGUGUGGCGUGCAGAGUUUCUACACACCUCGCUCUAACCCAGACGGCAGGGCAGUAACCAUUUACUGCAUUGAUCCAGGCACUGUUGUGGCCACCACUGUCACCGCUUAUGACGGAAGGAACUGGGAGGCAGCUAUGAGUGCUAACCCUUCAAUCAAGGAUCGUUCUAAACCAUAA